AUGCUGACACCAAUAUUGGAGGCAUCAGGGAGUUUUUUGUUUUUUGUGUGUUGGUUGGUGACGUCUGUUCCGGGUGCCGGGGUCGAGGGAUCCGGGGAUGCCUCAGCUGGCUCGUCAGGCUUCCAUGUCUUCGCUGGCUCGGGAGGUUUCUUGCCUCGGCAGGCUCGUCAGGCUCCCACUCCCUCGGCCGGCUCGUCAGGCACCCACGCCUUGGUCGGCUCGUCAGGCUCCCACGCCUCGGCAGGCUCGUCAGGCUCCCACUCCUCGGCCGGCUCGUCAGGCACCCACGCCUUGGUCGGCUCGUCAGGCUCCCACGUCUCGGCCGGUCCGUCAAGUUACCGUGCUUCGGGCGGCCCGUCAGGCUCGACAGGUUCCCGUGCCUCGGCCGGCUCCCAUGCCUCGGCCAGCCUGUCAGGCUCGCCCAGGUGGUAUUGUCACGGUUGGUACUGUCACGCCUGCUCCCGCUCCCCCUCCCUGCAUUAA